UGCUUUCUCAUAGUGCUUGCUUUACCAGUUAGCCCACAGAAAUUCAAAAAUGUGGUUGAAUAUGAACUCCUCACUGAGUAUUACAUUGAUCAAACUGGCCAAUUCAUUGCAUCCAUUUUGAUGCCAAUAUGCGAAUCGAACAAUAUUUAUCAGUUAAAUAUUAUGCAGCUGUUUUUCGAUCCCUACAGCAACGUAGUCAUGAAUCGAGUUUUGAAGUAUAUUGCCGGAGCUUCGUGUGGUAAUAAAAUAGUUUUUGGACAUACCAGCGAUAAGAUGGGAUCAACGAAGGGUACACAGUACUACGUGGUUUUCUGCCACGUUUUGAGUGAGAACGUCGUAAAGCUUAUGGAUUUCGUUUCCGAGCGACAAUUAAGACACGGCGAUGGUCGGUAUGUUUUUGUGACUUUUUUAAACAACGGAUCGGUUUACAAUAGUAGAUUUUUCAUACGGCAAAACGACAGAUAUCGUUUGCAUUACCUGUUUAUGAUAAAGUUUGACGCAUAUGGAUGGCACCAAGCAGGCUUCAUUCAUCCGUUCUCUCUAAAAGAACGCCCAUAUAUAAUGGGGCAGAAUAUAGAAGAGACCUUCAAAAAUCAGCUGAAGGAUGUGGACGGAUACCACUUUACAAUGCAAUAUUCAAGACCCAUAUAUGCGAGUCCUAAAGAGACCACUCAAUACGGAUAUCUAGUCAAAACAAUGGCGUCAAAACGAGGCGGCAAAGGCAGCUUACUAUCGCUAAACCAUGAAAGUAAAUAUUUCCCCGACUUUAUGCUGAUUGAAGACAUUCUAUUUGAUGCCUCGAGAUUCAAAUUUGUCAAAUUGCUUUCUAUGAACCAGUUCCGGUACUUGUGCGUAGUGACACCUGCCUUGGACGAAGAGGUUCCUUGGCUUCAAGUAUUCAUCGAACCUUUCCAUUGGACAGUCUGGGCUACGUUUCUGGUCGUAAUUGAAAUGCUCGCUAUUUUUGUAUAUCGCUUCGGCUACCGAGGAAACAUUCGAAGAAGUUUUUGGACCAUACACUUUGAAAUUUAUCAAACUUUCAUGAAUGGUCUCUUGAAUAGAAGGCGCAACCAGUUCGAAGAGUAUGUUAUCGGAAUGUUUGUUCUGCUGUGCAUGAUCCUGAUGGCAGUUUACGAGUCGGCAUUGGUCUCCUCCAUGUCAAUGAAGCGGUUCUACCCGGAAAUCGAUACCAUCGAAGAAGUGAACAACUCCAAGUAUCCGGUGGUGAUUGUGAAGCGUGUUACCGAACUGUUCAAUCUUUAUUUCAAGAACAUGACAUGGAUAGCAGACGAAACGAGCACCAACAGAACCGCUGUGCCCAACAUCAUGACCGAUUAUCAGCACGUAGUGCCUUGCGAAUCCGUUUAUUAUUAUAUAAAAUGGAAUGUAAAGAGGCGAUUGCAUGUGGUAGCGGAAUACGCUGGUUCCAAAACAAACAAUUUUGCCAUUGCCACGUUUUCACCAUAUGGAGAAGUUUUGUACUACUAUUGGACUGCAUUCUUGGAAGGGGAUUUGUUUAAAUAUUGGCAACUUACAAGGUUUGUGCCGAAAUAUUUCGAGAAGACCGGUGGCUACACGGUCAAUCCGUUAAAUUUGAGGGAUACGAACAUUGCAUGGUUUACAAUUUUGGUCGGAUCCUUGUCCAGUAUUUUGGCCUUUUCGAUAGAACUUAUAUGCAGUGUUGUGAAUAGAUUUGUUUUUGUUCAAAGAGGCAGAAAAACUGUUAAGUGAUUUAAUAAAUAUGCUAUCUCGUAUAACUCAAAAACAAAUAGUUUUACCCCCGGAAUCCGGAAAUAACACCAAACUUUAUUAUUUAUAAAUGGAUCCAUUAAAAUUGCAAAAAUGAAUUAAAAAAUACAACAUUAUACGCUUAAAGCUAAUCAAUUCCUUUGGCAAUACACACGUUUUGGAAUUAUAAUUAAAGAAAAACAUAUUUAAAUGCUCUAGGAAAAGAAUUAUUUGAA